GGGGCUCAGGCGGUGGCCGCUGACAGCCCUGACCCCCCCGUUGCCAUAGCGACGGGACGGGCUGCCGCAGCCCCACCUGCGCCUGCGCCGCCGCCCCCGGUUCCCCCCCGCCCCGGGUAGCUGCAUGUCAGGAUGGCAGCUUCAAACCUGGAAAACCAGCUACAGAGUGCCCAGAAGAAUCUGCUGUUCCUCCAGAGGGAACACGCCAGCACCCUGAAAGGUCUCCACGCCGAGAUCCGCCGCCUGCAGCAGCACUGCACAGAUUUGACCUAUGAGCUGACUGUAAAGAGUUCAGACUUGUCAGGAAAUGGCAGCUCAAGAAGUGAUGAACUCAAGAGGAAGUGUGAAGAUCUUGAAGCUCAGUUGAAAGCCAAAGAGGCCGAAAAUAACGAAUUACUGAAAGAACUCGAACAAAAGAACGCAAUGAUAAUGGUGCUGGAAAACACCAUUAAAGAAAGAGAAAAGAAGUAUUUGGAAGAGUUAAAAAUGAAAAGCCAUAAGCUCAAUAUGUUGUCGAGCGAACUAGAGCAGAGAGCGAGCACUAUUGCUUAUUUAACUUCUCAGCUGCACGCUACCAAGAAGAAGCUGAUGAGUUCAAGUGGGACUUCAGAGGGGACCCCUUCUGGCAGCCCUGUGCUGUCCAGCUACAAACCCUCCCCUCCCAAAGACAAACUGCCCGAGACUCCACGGCGCAGGAUGAAGAAGAGCCUCUCCACCCCGCUCAACCCCGAGUUUGAAGAGGCCUACAGAAUAGGAUCAGAGAGCAGGAAGCUGCUGUUAAGGGAGCCUGUGGAUGCCAUGCCUGAUCCCACUCCCUUUCUGCUGGCCAGGGAAACAGCAGAAGUCCAGCUCAUCAAGGAGAGGCCUUUAGUUAUUCCUCCUAUUGCUUCGGACCGAGCGUCCGGCGAGUCGCAGAGCCCGGCCCGAGAGAAGCCCCACAAGGCACACAUCGGGGUGGCUCAUCGCAUCCACCACGUCACCCAGCCCCAGCCUCAGCCAGAGGUGGAAACUCUGGCAGUGGAUCAGGUCCAUGGCAGCAAAGUGGUCAGAAAGCACUCAGGGACAGACAGAACUGUUUGAGUCCGGUCACCGCAAGGCUCUGCUCUUGUUGCUGUUGAUGCACUGUGAUCCUGUAGGGUAAAUAGCACCCGCAGUAAAGUUUCUUUUGAUGCCCCAUGCAUGCCAAAUUUCUUGCAGAUACAUCAUUAAUAGGUUAUGCUCCUCUAAUGAAACUUGUGUUCAUAUGGCAAGGUAUAUAACUACUAAAUGCUGUGGCCAAAUCAGGGGUACCUGACUGCUUGCUUCUGAGCACUGCUCCAUUUAUUGUAACUACACGUGUGGACAAAGGCACAGGCUGCAUUAUUAAUCAAUAUUAGUGAAAACAGAUGUAACUCUAAACCUGCAGCAAUAUCUAUUGGCUUUUAACAUUUGAACUACCAGUGGUUCUUUUGUCUUCACUGUGUAUGUAAGCCCUUCCUACACAAACACUGACUUCAUGACAGAGCCUCUCUCACAGCAGGAUUGAAAGUAAUGCAGCUGUAAGUACAUCUGAAACAGUACUAA